AUGUCCUUCUUGAAGAAUUUCUUCGGUACCUCCGCCCCGGCGCCUGAGCCGGUGAAGGAGAAGAAGGAGCCCAUCCGUGCUCUGCCUGCUUCAUGGUACACUUCCCAAGCUAUGUAUGAGCUUGAGCGCCGAUCGAUCUUCUCGCGCAAAUGGCUCCUCACUACACAUAAGCACCGCGUCCCCAAUGCCGGUGACUGUGUUCAAUAUGACGCCGCUGGUUACGAGUUCGUCAUCGCCAAGGAUCACGAAGGAAACGUCAAGGCUUUCAACAGUGACCUCAUUCCCGUUCAUGUGCACCUUGACAAGAAUGGUUUUGUCUGGGUCAACUUGGAUGCCAGUGAGACCCCUGAGGUAGCUUGGAAGGAUGACUUCGAGGGAGUCGAUGAGCAGCCCCGAUUCGAGCACUACAACUUCGAGGAAUACCAAUUCGAUCACACCUGGGACAUGGAGGGCAACUUCAACUGGAAGAUCUUGGCUGACAACUACAACGAGUGCUACCACUGCCAAGUUGCCCACCCUGAUAUCCCCACCAUUGCCGACCUCAACUCCUACUACGUCAAGACCAAGGGCGGCCACAUUCAGCACUACGGUGCCCCCCGUCAGGAUCAGAUUGAGAAGGGCUUCCGGAUAGCUACCACUUACUUCUGGCCCAACGCCUCUUUCAACAUCUCUCCCAACUUCUUCUUCAUGCAGCGAUUCACUCCCACCAGCCCUACCAAGUGUGUAAUGCGGUACGAAGUCUAUCGCCACAAGGAUGCCACCGAUGAGGCCUUCAACCUCAUCAGCGACAUGUACAAGCGAAUCAUGUCCGAGGAUAAGUACCUCUGCAUCCACUCCCAGAAGAACCUCAACGCCGGUGUCUUUGUCAACGGCCAGCUCCACCCCGAGAUGGAGCAGGGUCCUCUCCACUUCCAGAAGACUGUGCGCGAUGUCGUCACGGAACACCGCUCCAAGGAGGAGGAUGUUGGCCAUGAGAUCUGGCCCGCUCACCAGGCUGUUCCGGCUGUCAGCCAAGAAGAGAUCGCUUUCCGGACAGGCACAGACAGCUACGUCAAUGAGAAUGACUCGUUGUUGGGAGGCCCUCUUGCCCCAGCAAUUGCUGUCUAG